AUGGCCGAUUUGCUGGAGCUGCUGGCUCCUCACUUGAGUCCGACUUUAUCGGCUGACGGCACUACUGACCAAUACCUCAAUCGACUCUCGACUCUAUCGCUCGAAGCCCUCCAAUAUACCGAACCCCCAUCGCUUGCGCAAUCCUCCCAUUCGACCCUUCUGUCCCUCCAAGCUUUAUCCAACCGUUCGCACCGGGCCUUUGUCACUUCCGCCGACAAUCUAUCCAGCCUCUCCACAUCCGUUCCACAAUUGACCCGCGAGGCGCAACAGCUCCGCGAUGCCAUCCCUAAACUCGACGAGCAGGCCGUUGGGUUCUCCACCAAGUACAGCAAGAUCACAGACAAUGCAGCUCUGGAACGACGGAAAAAGGCCAUGCAGCUGUCUCGUAACGUUGAUCGACUCUCCGACAUCUUAGAGCUACCAAGUUUGCUGUCUACAGCUGUGUCCGCCGCUUCAGUCAACUCCGGUACCGGUGCCUCCUCCACAACUUACUCCUCGGCGCUCGACCUACAUGCACAUAUCAAGCGACUACAAACACUAUACCCCGAAUCACCAUUGAUUCAAGAUGUAGCAUCUCAAGCAGAGGAUGCCAUGAAGGACAUGACAAGUAAUCUGAUCACGGGGCUUCGCGCUCAGAACCUACGGCUAGCAGCUGGCAUGCGAACUGUGGGCUGGCUGCGGCGAGUAGCCCCGGAUUUGGAGAUGCUUCAAAGUGACGGAGCUGCGGGAACAGGAGAAGGUGCUCUGGGGGCCAUUUUUUUGGUCUGCAGAUUGGCGCAUUUGGUGUCGACUCUCGAAGCUCUAGACCCCCUUCGCGAACUCGCCGAUCAAGAAACUCAACGCCGGGCCGCAAAGGACAAAUCAGACACGACUACGUGGUCUGGUGGCCAACAAACGGAUCGCUAUUUGAAACGAUACAUUGAGAUCUUCCGAGAGCAGAGCUUCGCCAUUGUCUCAUUAUACAAGAAUAUAUUCGGCUCUGAGCAAUCCGAUUCCGAGCUUGCCAGCUCAGGAUUAAGGGGUGCUGACGCUAAAGCCAAGUCGAAGCCCGCCCAUUCGGAUGAUCCUUUGCAGCGCCUACCUCCCGCUCUUGCAACAUUCCCAAUGCAUCUUGUGCAGUUGCUCACAGAUACGAUGCGCACAUAUCUUCCCAAUGUCCGAGACCGAAGCUCGAGAGAAAGUCUUCUCACCCAGCUCUUGUACUGUGCUGCAAGUCUCGGUCGUCUUGGAGGUGACUUUGGUAUGAUUCUAACAGAGCUUAGCGGGGAUGACGAUACAGAAGAGGACGUGGCCUACGAAUGGGAGGAAGUCAUGCGCAAACAUCGGACCUUGGCAGGUCGUCUGGAGCAAUUGACUAGUCGAGUCCCAGUACAUUAA